AUGACUGAAGAAAUUGAACCUCAUAUUGCUAGAAAAUUCGAAAUCAUACAAAAAUUAGGAAAAGGUGCUUAUGGAAUAGUUUGGAAAGCAGUAGAUAAGAAGCUUAAAACAGUAAUUGUUGUAAUUAAAAGAUUAGGUAGUGGCUUUAAAAAAAGUAUUUGAUGCAUUUCAUAAUGCAACAGAUGCUUAAAGAACAUUUAGAGAAAUAAUGUUUUUAUAAGAGUUAAAUGGACAUGAAAACAUAGUGAGAUUGUUGAAUAUAAUAAAAGCAGAAAAUAAUAAGGAUAUUUACUUAGUAUUUGAUUAUAUGGAAACAGAUUUACAUGCUGUUAUAGUAAAGAUAUAAAUUAAUAAAAUAGAGAGCAGGAAUACUAGAGGAAGUACAUAAAAAAUAUGUUGUAUAUUAAAUUUUGAAAGCUUUAAAAUAUAUUCAUUCAGGUGAACUUAUUCAUAGAGAUUUGAAGCCAUCAAACAUAUUGUUAAAUUCUGAAUGUCAUAUGAAAUUAGCUGAUUUUGGUUUAGCAAGGAGUAUAGCAAUAACUGAAGAUGAUAGUAGUAUAAUGAUUUUAAAAUUUAACGUUUAGCACCUCCAGUUUUGACAGAAUAUGUUGCUACUAGAUGGUAUAGAGCACCUGAGAUAUUAUUAGGAUCUACAAAUUAUACAAAAGCAGUUGAUAUGUGGAGUGUUGGUUGUAUUUUAGGUGAGUUGAUUAUAGGUAAGGCAAUAUUUCCAGGAACAUCAACAUUAAAUUAAAUAGAGAGAAUUAUUGAAUUAUUAGGAAAACCAAAUGAUGCAGAUAUUGAAUCACUUGAAUCUCCUUUAGCUGUUAAUAUUUUAGCUUCUGUAUCUAUUUAAAAAAGAAGGUCUUUUUAACAAUUUUUCUCAGGUGCACAAGAUGAUUGUUUGGAUUUAUUAAGAAGGUUUACAAAUAUUUUUAAUAUAUUUAGACUUUUACAAUUCAAUCCUAAAAUGAGACUUACUGUUAAUUAGGCAAUCAAACAUAAGUAUUUAAAAGAGUUUUCUUCUCCAGAUGAAGAAAUUGAAUGUUCUGAACCUAUUAGAAUACCUAUGAAUGAUAAUAAAAAGUUUUCCAUUAAAGAAUACAGAGAAGCAUUAUACAAUGAUAUAAAUCGAAGGAAAAAAGAAUAAAGAAAAAAAUGGUAGGCUAAAUACUUACAAUAAUUAGGAAUGAAUCCUGAUGAACUUAUUAAUGGGUAAUCAAAUUUAUUUUAUUAUUUAUUAGUAUUCAUUAAGAAUAAUCUGAAAUGAUUUCUUAAGGAAAAAAUUAAUAAGCCCAUGAAAAUAUUAAUGGUAGCUCUAUAUAACAUUAAUCUUAACAAUAAUUAUAAUAGUAAUAAUAAUAAUUGUAAAAAUCUAAUAUUGAAGAAAUUUAAAAUAUCAUUAAAUAACAAUAAAUUUAAUCACAAUAACUUAAGAAAUCUUAAAGUUAGGUUGGAAUACAAUAAUAGUAGAAAUUAACGAGUUAAAAAAGUGCUAGCAAUUUUGUUUCUUAAAUGUAUAAUACAUUUUAACAAUAAACUUAAAAUUAAGAUAAUAAGUUUUAUCAAUAAUAAUAAUUUUUGUAAUAAUAGCUUCAAUAAUUGCAAUAAAAAGCUUAAUAAAAGAAAAAGCCUUGA